CUUAAAACUUUCGAAACAGCUAACAGACCAAACUCUUUAUCUCGCUCCAUUUCUCAAUCUCCUAAAACAAAACCCUAAAAUAAAAUCUUAUCAAUCAAAAAAUUUAAAAAAAAUCCCCAAAUGGAUCCCAAUCCCAAAUCCCAAAUUUUCCUUCACUUUCCCACUCUACCCCUAAUUUUCCUCCUCUUUGUCGCCACCUUAUCAUCGGCAUCACCGUCAAUCUACGACCACCUCCGUCAAAACUCCCUCCCAGUGGGUCUCCUCCCCAAGGGCAUACUCGACUUUUCAUACAACCCAGCCACCGGUCACUUCCAAAUCAACCUAACGCAGCCGUGUAAUUCGAAAUUCGAGAACCAGCUUCACUACGAUUUUAACAUUUCUGGGUUUAUUUCAAUGGGUAAGAUCGGGGGUUUAUCCGGUGUGACGCAGCAGGAGCUGUUUCUGUGGUUCCCUGUGAAGGGUAUACGGGUCGAUGUGCCGAGCUCCGGUUUGAUUUAUUUUGAUGUGGGUGUUGUUGAUAAGCAAUUUUCGUUGUCUUUGUUUGAGAACCCUAUUGAAUGUACUGCUGCUGAUGCCUCGUCGGAUUCGCCCGGAGCUGAGGUUCGCGGCCAUAAGAGUCGAUCAGGAAAGCGUGUAUUUAGUAUUGGGCGAGGGGAUUCCAGAGCUUCUUCGUAGGUUGUGGACGCCAAUAUGCAUAUCAAAGGUUUUAACGUAAAUGGACAUCCUUCCGGUUCCCCAAUGAGACUGUUGGAGUAUUUUGUUUGGCAGAUCGUGUGUUUGUGUAAUUGUGUUCGUUUUCUGUCUUGUACAAGCGUUUGGUGCAGUACUUCUAUAUCAAUGUCGAGAAGUAUAACAGUUUUGGCCACGAAAGCAGGAAAAAGAAAGAGAUGAUAGAUAUUGGAGAUGCGAGCGAGAUGAGGAGCCUUAGUUUCGGCUGGUGAGUUUGUCCGAAUAUUUAUAUUGUUUGGUGUGUUGUCAUACUACUAAAUAUAGCAUAGUACAGAUGUAUGAUUGUUGCAUUGUGUUUCUGUAAAUGGAGAGAAUGUUAAUGUUUGUAUAUUUUCAUCAUAAGUGUCGGUCAUUAUAAUGAAUAGGUAUUAUGUUAAACUAACCAUUCACUAAA